UACUUCUUCUGUCUCCACCUGUUCGGAGCCAUUUGCCUAGUGGGUUGGGUUCAGAAUGCGAGUCGAAAGUAUCUGGAUUGGUUGCAAGAAUGCGGACAAAACAAAAAUUGGUGGGCAUUCUAUUCCGCGCAAACAAUGGUUGACAACCUCGGAUUCGCACUCACUCCGGACUCGAUGGUGACGUUCCAGGAUGCAACCUUUCCGCUUCUGGUCAUGACGUUCCUAGCCUUCGCUGGAAAUACCUGUUAUCCAGUCCUGCUCCGCCUUCUCAUUUGGACGAUGUCGAAGAUCGCCCCGAAGGAUUCCUCUCUUCGAGAUCCGCUGAACUUUCUCCUCAAUCACCCACGCCGCUGCUACACUCUCCUGUUCCCUAGCCGACCGACCUGGAUCCUCUUCGGUGUUCUCUUUUCUCUCAACUUCGUGGAUGUCCUUCUCAUUAUCGUCCUCGACCUCGGCAAUCCGGCCGUCAACAACCUUGCUCUUGGGCCGCGGAUUCUUGCGGCUCUCUUCCAAUCGGCUUCAUCGCGUCAUACAGGUACAGCGACUUUCAACCUGGGAGCAGUGAACCCAGCGGUACAGUUCAGUCUGUUGGUGAUGAUGUACAUCUCCAUCUUCCCCAUCGCGAUCAGCAUCCGAGCAUCGAACACGUACGAGGAAAAGUCGCUCGGGAUCUAUCCGCGCCGGAUGGACGGAGACGAAUCCCGGCCGGGCUCCUAUGUUCUGACCCACCUGCAGAACCAGCUCACCUUCGACCUAUGGUAUAUUUUUAUCGGCGUGUUCUGCAUCUGCAUCGCGGAGAGCAAGAAGAUCAUGGACGCGAACAACCCGGCAUUCGCCGUCUUCCCCAUCUUCUUCGAAGUCGUGUCCGCCUAUGGCAAUGUUGGUCUCAGUCUCGGCCACCCGGAUGUCCUCACCUCUUUGUGUGGGCAGUUCACGCCGUUCGGCAAAGUCGUCGUCUGUCUCAUGAUGAUUCGUGGCCGUCAUCGUGGUCUACCAUAUCAGCUCGACCGCGCCAUCAUGCUUCCGAACGAGCGGACCAUAACGGACAAGCCUCCUGAAUCGCUUUUUCAGGAUGAGAAGCCGAAGGAAGUACGAGGCUUGGCGAAGCUCAAACACUCUUUGACUCAAUGAGAUUUAUUGGGUCUCAUUGAGACCCGCUCUCGCUCAUUUGGAACGGUUUUGUAGCCGGCCAUGAGAUCUAAAGUUUUGCAUCAUCACGGUUCAGUCGCUUGUUUUGUCGGUAUGGAUAGCCGCGUCAACUAUCAUUGGGUUUCUUGACUGCCUGAUAAUCUGGCGCCUUUAGCCACACAGAGUCCUAAGUUCUUGCCACCCAUUCACCAAUUACUCGUUAGAUACGAUAAAUAGAGCUCGUUCUGAAAUUUUGAUGGUUAUUUAAUAGUCACAUGUGUAAUACGAGGCCGAGCUUAUCAGCGAUCCUGAAGGUUCCCAAAUGUUCGCCAUAGCAAGUUGCCGCACCAUUUAUUCACACU